AUGGAUGCAUUUGAUAUUAAAUUGGAGAAGAAAAAUGCGAUGUUGAAGCAUCAUCAGUUAUACAACACAGCAAAUUUGCUGAGAUUCGUCGAGGUUUUUGUUCUUCUCGUGGUGAUCUUCCGGUUUACAACAACUCAUCUCCCGGUUGCCGUCAAAAACUCCGGCGAGUAUUUCCGUGGGUUAUCGGUCACUCUCGUGAGUCCUCGUUUCGUUUUCGUCGUCGGGAACAUCAUCAUCAUCACUCUCUUCGUAAAAGCCGGAAAGUUUUCGUCUCACGAUUUGACGACAACCGACCUUUACGAAAAGUUUGUCGAGAAAAGCCACGCGACCCAUCCGUACGUAACCGAAAAGAAAAGCGUAGUGGUGGCCGACGAGAAAAGAAUAGUUCGUCUCGACGUGCAUGGUCCAAAGAAUUUACGUAGGACGCAAUCGGAGAAUAUGAAGAAGACGAAAAGCGAUAAACAUUGCAGCCAACUUCGGAGGUUGGGGUCCGAAAAGUACGUUAAAUGCUGCGGUUCGGAAGAGAAAUCGACGACGAGAUCAUGUGCCGAAGACGGAAUGAGUAACGAGCAGUUUCGGAACACGGUUGAGGCUUUCAUUGCUAGGCAAAAGAAGCUACUAAGGGAAGAAGAGUACUCGGUGACUUGGAAAGAUUUAGAGUGA